AUGAGGCCAUGGAGAGGUCCGAGGGCUCUGCACAGACCGCUCAGCCUCCUGUUGCUGACAGCCCUUUGCCUUCUGCUUGUAGGGGCCUCAGGGCCGCCCCACCCGACCCACCGAGGCCCUGACGAAGAGGCCACGUCCAUCCAAGGAGUGCGGGGUGGCUCCGUGGAGCUGGCCUGUGGCUCUGGACUGGCCCCUCUCGUGGUCUUCUGGAGCUUCACUCCCCUGGGCUUGCUGACGCCCCGGCCUGUGGCUGUCACUAAUGGGGCGGAGUCCAAGGUGGAGGCCGGGGCCUCGGCUCUGGGGGCCGUUAGUUUACGGAACAGCAGCCUGGUGCUUCGGGAGCUGCGGGAGGGGGCCCGAGGCCACUUCCUGUGCCAGGCCCUGUACGUGGCCGGGGGCCAGCUGCACACCACCUACUCCUACCUCGCGCUGGCCGUGCUGGUGCCCGUAUCAAAGCCUCGAGUGAGGCUGAGUGACCUGUCCCCCGUGGAGGGGACCUCCGUGGUGGCCACAUGUGCAGUCCGGGAGGGCACUGAGCCUGUGACAUUCGCCUGGCAACAUCGGGCACCUCAAGGCCAGGAGGAGGAGCUGGUGGAGGUGACGGAGCGGUGGCUUCGGCUAGACCCGGUCAACAGGACACACCUGGGCUGGUACAUAUGCAGUGCCAACAACACCGUCAGCCGGCUGAGCAGUGAUGGCGCCUUCCUUGAUGUCAUCUAUGGUCCGGACAAUCCUGUGAUCUCCGUGGAGCCACUGGGCUUCAGCGAGGAGGGUUUCUGGGCCAAGGAGAGGGAAGAGGUGACCUUGAGCUGCCUAGCGGGAUCCAACCCCCCGAGUCACUACGUGUGGCUCCGUGACCACACUCAGGUCCACACCGGGCCUGUCUACACCAUCGCCAGCGCCACACGUGCCCACACAGGCCUGUACACCUGCCUGGCCCGCAACAGCCGCCUGGACACACGUACCCAGGCCAGCACCAGGCUCACCAUCUACUAUCCCCCUGAGGGGCAGCCCUCCUGUGCUGUGCUCCCAACCCUCGGGGCUGUGACUUUGGUCUGCACCUGGCCUGGGGGGCUUCCAGCUGCCCAGCUGCAGUGGGAAGGGCCCCAGGGAGCUGGCCCUACCGCCCUCAACAACGUCACCUGGAGUCAGCCCGCCGCCCAGCUCCCCAACGGCAGUGUUUUCGUCUGUGCUGGCCAGCACCCAGCCCUGGCACUGCCUGCCUUCUGCAGGAUCACGCUGUGGGAUCCCCUCCAGAGCCCCACUUGCUGGACCACAGCCACAGUCGAAGACCAGUUCAUCAUGCUGAGCUGUGAGUGGCCUGGAGGCCAGCCCCCUGCCCUGCUGAGCUGGCUGGAUGGGCUACAGCAGCCCCUGGAUGGCAGCAGCCCCUCGCUGGCUGUCCACCUCCUGCAGGCCCAGGAAGACCUGGCUGGCCAAGAGUUCACCUGCCAGGGCACUCACCCACUCAGGGUCCCUGACCCCCACUGCCGACUCCAGCUGGAAGCCCCGCAACUGUCAGUGGCUCAGUCCCGGGUGUCUGUGCUGGAAGGAGGAGAGGCCUGGCUGGGCUGCUCCCUCCUGGGGGGCAUGCCGCCUGCCCGUCUCCUAUGGCUGGGUCCCCAGCGACGGCAGGUGGAAGGCGGCACCUCCGGAUUCACGCUGCACCCCAAGGGCGCCCAGCUCCACCUUCGCAUCCGGGAUGCCGACCCCACCCGCCACAGGGGCGCCUACCGGUGCGUGGCACGCAACGCCCUGGGCAGCAGCAGUCGGAGCGUCCUGCUGGAGGUCCAGAGAUACCCAGCUCCUCCCAACGUCACCAUCCGCCGCUUGACCUAUGGGAGGCACCGGAGAGAGGUGCAGCUGCGCUGGGCCGUCGAGGGCCCCGGGAACCUGACGGGCUUCCUGGUGCAGCGGAGGGCCAGCGUCCCAAGCCCGGGAGCCGGGGCCUGGGAGACGGCGGCCAGGGACAUCGAGCCUGAGAGCCGGGGCCGGAAACUGGGCGGCUUGGACCCAGGUGUCCGCUAUGCCUUCCGCGUCCUGGCUCUGAAUCACCACACGGCUGGACACCCCUCCGAGGUGAAGACACCAGCGGACCCCCCCUUCAGCGCCUAUCCAGCAGUGCUGGGUGCAGCGGGUACAGGAGUGGUGGUGGCAACGGUGGCCUCCUUGCUGGUGUUCCAGUAUGCUGCCCGGCACCCGGAGACUUUCCCCUGCCUUGGUCAGUUGCUGUUUCCCAUGGAGCAAAGCCACCAAUACGGGGAUUCAAGGGAAGGCCUAGAGGCAGAGGCCGGCAUCGAACCGCCACCCACCAACCCAGGUUCAGAUCCUGCACAAGAACUCACGGAUGCCCCAGUUAACGUCACCAUCACUGUGACCGCAACACCAUGA